CAUCCGGUUGCCGGUUCUGCAGUGUUUUAGCAGCGUGUUGAUGAUGUUGGAGGAGGCUGUGGGCAGACGUGUGUGUUGUGAUGGAGAAAGGGGAACCGUCCGCUAUGUCGGUCCAGUUCCUCCUACUGCAGGUGUGUGGUUGGGAGUGGAGUGGGAUCAUCCAGAGAGAGGAAAGCAUGAUGGCAGUCAUGACGGAGUGCAAUAUUUCACCUGCAGGCACCCAACAGGCGGCUCUUUUGUGAGGCCCCAAAAGGCCAGUUUUGGUGUGGAUUAUGUGACGGCUCUGAAGCAGCGCUAUGAGGUGGAGAUAGAGGAGGUGACGGCAGAAGAGAUGAAGAUCUCCAGCAAAACUGUAGUCAUGGUCGGCUUUGAGAAAGUCAAGAAGAAACAGAGUGUGGAGAACCUGACAGAAGUCGGUCUGAGGAGAUGUGAAGUUUCAGCUCCAGGCCCAGAGAACGAGAUCAGAAACACAACACCAUUCGUUCAGUCUCUGGAUCUUUCUGGAAACCUGCUGAGCUCAUGGGAAGUGCUGGCAGCCAUUACGGAGCAGCUGAAGUCACUGCAGGAGCUGCAUCUCAGUCACAACAGGUUGAGCAUCUCCAGCGACCCAGGCGCUUUAAGCUCCGCCUUCUCCCGUCUGAGGGUCCUGUCAAUCAACAGCUGCGCGCUCACCUGGACUCAGGUUCUUCAUUGCGCCCCCAUGUGGCAGCAGGUAGAGGAACUUUAUCUGGCUGACAACAACAUCACACAAUUACUGAAACCAGAACAUGUGCUACAGGCGUUAACAGUUCUGGAUCUGUCCAAUAACCGAAUAGCCCCGGAGACGGUACUGGAAAUCUCACAUUUACCCCGGUUGGAGAGGUUGAAUCUGUCAAGCACCACUUUAUCAGAAAUUGAGUUCAGUGAUGUUCCAGGAGGCAAGAAGACAACCUUUUUUCUUGCCUUGAAGGAACUUUUACUAGAUGACAACAACAUAUCAGAGUGGCGUGUGGUAAAUGAGCUGGAGAAGCUGCCAUCUCUGGUUUAUUUAUCCUGCAGGAGGAACCCACUGCUGCACAAAGAGAAAAACCUGGAGACGGCGCGACAAAUAAUGAUCGCACGACUGGGUCAACUAGAGCUGCUCGACAUGAGACAGAUUUUGUCAGAUGAGCGGAGGGGUGCGGAACUGGAUUACUGUAAGAUGUUUGGAUCUGCAUGGCUGCGGGCUGGAGGUCAUGGUGAAGCAGAGAAAAACCACCCGAACACAGACUUCAUGACUGAACACCCGCGAUAUCUCACGCUCAUCCAGAAGUAUGGUGCUCCAGACGAGGGCGAGCUAAGAGAACAGAAACCAUUUGCUCUAAAAAAUCAACUAUUAACCAUAACGUUUCUUUGUCCAGAGGAUUUGGAGAGGAAGCCUAUUGAAAAGAAGCUGCCAGGGUCGAUGAUCGUUCAGAAGGUGAAGGGGCUUUUACACCGGCUGCUCAAAUUACCAGGAGUCGAGUUGAAACUCACCUACACCUGCGCGAAGAUGGCCGAUAGAGAAAUUGAGAUUGACAACGAUCUGAAGCCGCUUCAGUUUUACUCGGUGGAGGAUGGCGACAAAAUCCUGGUGCGCUGGUCCUGAUGAAACCGCAGGGAAUUGUGGGAAAUUUGAGUCUUAGAGACUGAGCAUCACUCUAAUCCAAAAGAUUUACCAUCUUCUGCACUGACCACUUAAAAACAUCACGGAUCAUAACAAAGAAAUGAGAAUAUUCCCUGUUACUGGCCUUCAUCAUCUCCACGUUUGUGUUUACAAUUAUAAAACCACAUUUUAGUGCAGAAACUCAAUACAGCAUCGCCAAGCUCUGAACUUUUAAUAUAUAGAGCAGGGGUCAUCAAUCUCAGUCCUGGAGGGCCGGUGUCUCUGCAGGGUUUAGCUUCAACAUGCCUCAACACACCUGCCUGGGUGUUUCAAGCAUACCUAGUAAGAACUUGAUCAGCUUGUUCAGGUGUGUUUGAUUAGGGUUGGAGCUGAAAUCUGCAGGACACCGGCCCUCCAGGAACAAGAUUGCUGACCCCUGAUAUAGAGUAUAACUUUGCAUUGUUUGUGGAAAUCAUUUCAGUCUGUCACCACCAGAUGGAGCUUUAA